AUGUCCACAUCCACCUACACCCUCAGUCCCCACCCCCCUUCAGUGGACUGUUAUGUCCACAUCCAUACUACGCCCUCAGUCCCCACCCCCUUCAGUGGACUGUUAUGUUACGCCAUCAGUCCCCACCCCUUCAGUGGACUGUUAUGUCCACAUCCAUCUAUCUACAGCCUCAGUCCCCACCCCUUCCAGUGGCCCCUCAAUCCCCACCCCUUCAGUGGACUGUUAUGUCCACUCCAUUCACUCUCAAUCCCCACCCCCUUCAGUGGACUGUUAUGCUCACAUCCACCUAUGCCCUCAGUCCCAACCCCCUUCAGUGGACUGUUAUGUCCACAUCCACCUACACCCUCAAUCCCCACCCCCUUCAGUGGACUGUUAUGUCCACAUCCACCUACACCCUCAAUCCCCACCCCCUUCAGUGGACUCCAUGUCCACUCCACCCAAUCCCCCUCAAUCCCCACCCCUUCAGUGGACCCCUCAAUCCCCAUUCACCUCACCCUCAAUCCCCACCCUCUUCAGUGGACUGUUAUGUCCACUCCAUGUACCCUCUCAAUCCCCCGCCCCCUUCAGUGGACUGUUAUGUCCACUCCACAUACCCCUCAAUCCCCACCCCCCUUCAGUGGCCCCUCAAUCCCCAGCCCCCUUCAGUGGACUGAGCCUCCCUCCCAUCUGGUGCUGCCAGCAAGUCGCGUGGGUAGUUCCUGUGAGGGCCUCUGUCUGCCACUGCGGCCAGUGUUGAGGAAGCUGUCAUUCAUAGCCCUGCUGCCUCCCAUGCUAGUCAGUGGUGCCAUUCUCCCUCUCACUGUGUAG